AUGGGCAUUCCGUGCGAUGACGUCGUUGUGAUCAAGGAGGGCAAGACUCCCAGCGAUCCCUCCGUCGUCACUGUCAAUUGUCCCGACAAGGCCGGCCUCGGCUGCGACCUCUGCAGAAUUAUCCUCCAGUUUGGCCUUUGCAUUACGAAGGGAGAUUUUUCGACGGAUGGAAGAUGGUGUUAUAUAGUGUUGUGGGUUGUUCCCCAUCACAGCUCGCUCAAGGUUGAUUGGGAGAGCUUGAAGGAUCGGCUUUCCUCUGCGUGCCCACCUUCGUGUUUCUUCUCCUUUUACCUCAAUCAAGUCUCUAAUGUCCCCACACCUCCUCCAGUCUAUCUGUUGAAGUUUUGGUGCCAUGACCAGAGAGGCUCACUGCAUGAUGUUACCAAAGUCCUCUGUGAGCUUGAAAUUCUGAUUCAAAGAGUCAAAGUGAUGCCCACCCCAGAUGGCAGAGUUUUUGACCUCUUCUUCAUCACAGAUUGCUUGGACUUGUUACACACAAAACAGAGGAGAGAUAACAUAUGUGAGCAUCUGAUGGCUGCUUUAGGAGAGUAUUGUAUCACCUGUGAGCUUAAGUUGCCAGGGCCUGAGUAUGAAAGUCUGCAGGGGAAUUCUUCUCUUCCACCAGCCAUUGCUGAAGAAUUAUUUAGCUAUCAGCUGAAGGAUGAGGAAGCCUAUCCAAAAGCUAUCAGCUCAAAUGUGGGAGCGGUAAAAAAGGCUAGUAUUACAGUGGAUAACUCAUUGAGCCCUGUUCAUACAGUGCUGCAAAUACAGUGUGUUGAUCAAAAGGGCCUCUUUUAUGACAUUCUGAGGACUUCCAAGGAUUGCAAUAUUCAGAUCGCUUAUGGUAGAUUCUCUUCAACUAAGAAAGGCUUCCGAAAUUUGGACCUAUUUAUUCAGCAAAAAGAUGGAAAAAAGAUUGGGGAUCCUGAAAGUCAGGUUGCAUUGUGUUCUCGUUUAAAGGAGGAGAUGGUUCACCCAUUGCGAGUGAUCAUUGCCAACAGGGGCCCAGAUAUCGAACUCCUAGUUGCUAAUCCAGUUGAGUUAUGUGGAAAGGGGAGGCCCCUUGUGUUCUAUGAUGUUACCCUAGCACUAAAAAAAUUGAGAGUAUCUAUUUUCGCGGCUGAAAUUGUAAGGCAUUCAACUUUAGAUUGCCAGUGGGAAGUCUACAGAUUUCUUCUGGAUGAUAGUCGUGAAUUUCCGUUGGCAAGCAAACAAGCUAGAGGUAAGAUUGUAGAGAAAGUUAGAAGAACCUUGAUGGGGUGGUGA